CUCACCGGCGCCUGCAAAUGGUUCAACUCGGAGAAGGGCUUCGGGUUUGUCUCGGUGGAGGGCGAGGACCAGGAUCUCUUUGUGCACCAGACCGAGAUUUACGCGGACGGCUUCCGCUCGCUCGCCGAGGGUGAGCCGCUCGAGUUCAAGUGCACCGAGGACCCGCGCACCGGCAAGCUGCGCGCGAUGGGCGUGACCGGCCCCGGCGGCUCUGUCGUGCAGGGC